AUGAGAGUAUCAUACACCGCAUACCGGAUGAUGAAUGAUACCGAGAACUUUAAACAUUCCCACUGUCAGGGUUGUUGCGACUCGAUGGGAAUAACGGGGGCAAUUAAAUUAGGUUCAAACCUGCUGAGAAAUUGGGUUUUCUCCCAACAGGGAUGUAGCGUUCCCAUUGCCUCUCCGCCAUCAAUCUCAGGAGGGCCGAAGAGGAAAGUUCGAGUACAGUACUCGUACGGUAGGUGUUAAGGGGAUAGCGUCAUUGUUCGCUAGUAUUGUACGACAGCAAACCCAUUAUCGGUAGAUUAACAACCGGACGAGGCGGAACUGACCUGAGCUUGUUGCCUGAUGCUUGCCACAGGAGUGCUUGGUCGUGGCCCCCUCGCCCGGAGGCAUGAUGCAUGUGUGUCGACACUUGGUCUACCCCCCCGGGAGGAAUAGAGUGGUACAUACCGGUAUUGUACGAGUAGAGUGGUCUGGUAGGCGGUUCGGUAUGCUCGAGUAGAAUGCUAUUACAAACCCAAUGAGAAGGGGUGUUGGGAUGGACAUAAAAGAGGUCGAGGGCGGCAGUUGUCAGAGGGGAAAAAUUUCAUAUCCAUCAGAAUAA